AUGUACAGAACCCCAUCUCUUGCAGCUGCACGUAGUUUGACACGGGCAGUGCUUUCAAGAGCUGCCUCCUUCAGCUCCUACAAUGGACAUGUCUCUUCUCAAACCUUGCGCCGUUCCUCACGUCGAAGUGUGAGGACAAGAAGGACGCUCGGGCCGCGCGAUGGGAAAGAGCGUUCCAUCAGUACCGCAGUCAAUGUAAUUGCGCCGCCUUUAGCAGAAGACACUGAUGAGGACAUAAGCGCGAGCAAAGAGAAGCAAAUCAACCAGAACGCUUUCUUGGUCGGAGGCGCUGUCGCGUUCGAAGAGCCGUAUUUUCCCUCUGCGUCUCACUCUGCAGAUGAGACUUCCGACGACAUUCCAGCACAGCAGUCUGUACCACUAACUAAAGCUACCUUCCAGCCCGCGUGCCGUUCCUUUCGAGAUGUUUGGACAGCUCUGCCACCACUCCGAAAACCGGACCUCUCCCACUGGCAUCCUGUGAAAGGAAAGAGAAGAGGUACUCCUCGGCCUAUAAUCUCAUAUGCUGGACAAGAACAUCCAUUUCGUGGAGAUUUGGGGAGUACUUCUCAACGUAGGAUCACAAAACUGUUUAUGCAGCAUGUCUACCCUCAUACCACCACAUCACAGCUCGGGUCAGAUGAGACUAUCGUGUGUGCACUGCGUCGCGUCUACCCACAUGACAUGCGACGCUUUUACGACCAGGCAGAAGAUGUUCUCACCUGGAGCUGGAUCCUGCUUGCUCCUUCUGCCACAAGGAGCAUUCUACGGCUGACUCACUGGUCUGACCAUCUGGAAAGAGCUGGUCUACCUCCGGUUCCCCUAUGGGUGAGUCUGCAAAUGUUGAGGUUGCAGCACAUUGAUGCCGAGAGUCUGAGCCGUCUUAUAGCUCUGAUAUCUCGUAAUCGCCGUGCCUAUCGGUGGUGGGGAGACUCGGCCAUACUACUCAUCGUUCGAAUGCUACGACAUGCCCGCAUUGCUUCUCCCUCCUCCUUUGAAAAGAUAACGACUCUCUUCCUAGACGUGCUUGAUGCUCACCUCAAUCAACAGAGGAGGACCCUGCAUAGCCGUCUACCAAUCAUUACCUACUGGUGCAAUCGUGUUCUCAGCCUCAUGUCCCUGCCAGUGUCUCUGCAUCCGUUCAGAUCCAUGAGCUUUCAGCAGGCCGCACAGUUGACUCUGAUGCGCUAUAUGCAAAACCACGUGCCAACGAUCCCUCUCAACCGCGAGGGCUAUCGCGCCAUUGCUGCCCUGCAAACUAUGCACCGGAAGACAGCUACAGAGAAGGACUGGGCACGACUCAAAUCAAUCAAUUGGCCGCCAUGGGAGCAAAAAGUUCUGAUGGGAGCCAUUAUCAGGCCACGCAUAUACUCAGGAAGAUUCAGUCGUGUCAUCAAAGUGUUGCAACGAACACAAGAAAGUGGUUAUCCUUUGCGAAAUGCAGAAAUUGCUAUGCAGGUUUUGGCUGGCUGGGAUACUGAUCGAUCUCCUACCAUUCAAAUGAGGCGCAAAAUAUCUUUACACAAUUCCAGCGCUCUUUUCCGACCAACUUCUGUCGACGAUCCUGUCGUUUGGGCUGCCAGGGUCGAAGCCACGAGGACUGUGCGGGAGGCCUGGAUGUGUUUCUGUAGCUACUCUACUACCGUUCCUGUCGGGCGUCAGGUGGCACAGGUCUACCACGUCAUGUUUACCAAGUUGUUUGCAAAAGUUAGUCCUAAUCGUUCGGAACGUGGUACAAUGCCAGGCGAUGGCCUUGAGACCUAUCCUGACCCUGAAUCAGCUCGUGAGAGAGUUUGGGUGCCUGAAGAAAUCCCGUCAAUCGAAGACUUCUUCUCAAGAAUGGUCAAGAACAAUGUCCGUCCUUCCCUGAGGUUGUUGAGCGAUCUGUUGGACCAUCCUGAGACCUCGCUCGACAAAGGCUUGCAGUAUGUAUCUUGUGCCUACAUAACAAGCGGACACCAGUGCAUCCUUACGAAACCCGAGGAACAGAACUUUCAGAACCUGAUUCGCGUCUUGAAAGUCAUGCCGAAUCACUUCUCCCGAGCUUAUAUCGGGCUUCUAGCUCGUCCUAACACCCCGAAAGGUGCUCCGUGGCGCUUCUUUGGAGAAGCCAUGGGCAGGAGGUUGGUCGGGCCUGUCUUUGUUGGAAGUCUCCUCGAGAAAUCUGGCAUUCGCGAGCCCUCGAUUUGGAAUGCUUAUUUUGCAGCCUUGUUUCAGCAUGCUCACGACAAGUUUGACUCCUUUCGUAAGUUGCAGCUCACGACGAUAUGGAUGAGGGCAUGUCAAGCUCUAUGCAGCGUCUGGCAUACGGUACCGUUGAACUACAUGACUUUCGAGUCUGUCGCGCAUCUGGCCUUCGUGACGGAGACGAUGUCGAAAGCCACGCAGCUAGCGGAUGCGCCCACGGAUCCUGGUCGUCUGAUGAUCUCAAAGAAAAUGUUCAUGGUGGCCGCUUCAGGCAGUUCAAGACGUGAGUUUUGCAGUUUCACUGCUAGCACGAACAUACUGCACAGCGUUCCGCGAGGUGAUGCCAUCGAGGCAAUGGUAUGGGUACUUGCCACGGCACAGAAUUCGAGCUCGGUAGAUGAUAUGGUACAGCUGUUGAGAUGGACGCGUCACCACCUAGAGCAGAUCAAACUUCACGGUCACGGGUUGAGUAAACACAAUCUAGCUGCGUUCAAGACUUUCCUCACAGGAGUGUGGGCACUCAAAGACGAAGACCUUUUCGAUGAAGUCUACGUUGCUACCGAGGAGCAAAUGCAAGAGGUAGAACAGCUUGCUGGAGACAUGGGAGGUUGGCCCGAUGACGAGUACAUCGCAACGUACAUGAUGUUCCAGAGAGGGAAAAUUGAGAGAAUUCGAAGACUGCUCAGAUCCAGAGUGAGGCUCAGGAUUGGAAAGGAAGAGGUUGCCGUGCCAGAAGAGAGAUAG